CUGGUGGCACUGACUGGCAGCACUGCUGGGCUGCACUGGUGGGUGGCACUGGUGGGCAGCACUGGUGGGUGGGCACAGGUGGGUGGCACUGGUGGGCACAGGUGGGUGGGCACAGGUGGGUGGGCACAGGUGGGCACAGGUAGGUGGCACUUCUGGGCACAGGUAGGUGGCACUGCAGAGUGGCACAGGUGGGUGCACUGCUGGGCACAGGUGGGUGCACUGCUGGGCACAGGUGGGUGAUCUGCUGGGCACAGGUGGGCGGAGCUAGUGGGCGCACUGCUGGGCACAGGUGGGCGGAGCUUGCGGGUGGCACUGCUGGGCGCUCUGACAACUGCCGGUUCUCGGCACGUGUCAUUGGACACCGCUGAUCACGUGGUAAAAGGCCGCUGUGAUUGGC